GCGCGCCCACAUUUCCCAAUGCAGCAACCUCAAGUAUGUUAAGACUGUGAUGGACCAUUUUGACGAGCGGCAACGUGAGGACUUUCGCAACUCCCCCCUCGGAUAUCUGGCUGAUAUUCUAGACAUUCAAUUCUCUGCCCAGCUAAUCCUACAGCUACUGUUUAGAACAAUCCGCACAGAAAAGGCGAACGAGCUUUGGUUCAAUGAGCAAGGACACCUGAUGAGAUUCGGUCUACAAGAGUAUGCUGCGGUGACGGGGUUAAGAUGUGGUGCAUUCCCCGAGGGGGACGAUUUUGAUCGAUUGAUUGAGAGGAAAAGGUUAAAAGAGAGGUACUUUAAGUCCAAUGACAAGGUAUCAUUGGCACAACUACAGUGUACUGUUGCCCGACCAUCGACGACCCGUGCUGAUCACUACAAGCUAGGCCUUGUUCUAAUUGUCGAGGGAGUAUUCAAUGCUCCGGAUAAUAACGUUGGUAUCCAUUUGCCAUUUUUAUCAAUGGUGGACGACCUGAACUUCUUUUUUUCCUACCCCUGGGGUAGAGUUGGAUAUAAGUGAUUGUUGCACGGAUUCCGGGGCAGAUUUGGAAGAAAAUUCGAAAAGGCCAAGAGGAGCAAGGAGAAAGAGAUUACAUGCACGGUUCACGGCUUCUCCAUCGCCAUGCAAGUUUGGGCGUUCGAGGCGAUUCCGGAGAUUGGGGAACGCUUCGGUCAGCGAGUCGGUGAACGACUACCACGAAUUCUUCGUUGGUCCGCUCGAAAGCAGCCACAGCAUCGUACAUACGAUGCAUUUUUCAAGAAUGUACAGCUGCAUGUGUACGCAACUCUCCGUCCCACCGAUGCAGAGGCUGAGCAGCCAUAUCUGUCGUCGCUUGUGCCGUACGACGAUCCCCCGGUGCCCGUGCUUGAUGACAUUGCGAGGAAUGUGGUUGCGCCGCAGAUUCAUUCCUUACACGUCGAAAGUGGAGUUGGUGGACAAUCGGGAGGUCAAGAUUUGGAGGACAGAGUCCGUAGUGGACGAAGUGGUGACGGGGAGACAUCUGGAGAUGACGAGAGCGAUGGGGAGUCGGAAAGUGAUAGCGAAGGCGACGACGAUGAGGAUACCGGUGACUUUUCCUCCCCUGCAGGGGCACCCAUUCGUUCACCUGAGCGAGGGCAUACGACGAACUCACUGCCAGUUCGAACAUCUGAUUCCAGCUUGACAAAAGGGGAAGUCGAGGAGCUGCUACUCGACCAAAGAAUCCUCUUCGAGAUGCGACUCCGGACUGUGAAGCUUGAAAUUGAACAGCACGUGACAUUUGAAUGUACAAAACUCCGUGAGUUCAUUGCUGGCCAGGUGGCCCCACAUCCUCCUACCACCGCUCCGCGCUCAACUGGCGCCAUUUUCGAGCCCGGUCCGUCAAGUUGUUCCCCACAAGGUAUGAAUCAAACGUGUGCUAUUCGGUUAUAUUUUUGGAAAUCGACCACAAGGUUAUUCAUUUUUUUCUUGUUACAAUUGGGAUGUAGACGUACAUGGACGAGGCACAGACCCAUUGCCCACGCCAAUUGAAUUGGGAGUUGAUACAUGAUGUUCACAGCCUCCAGUCGGAGCAUACAGUCCUCUAUGCAGGGACGAGGGGGAGCUGCUUGUUGAAACUGAAGACUUGCCAG